AUGGAACACUCAUUGUCGUCAUUAACUAAUGACGAAUCAACAAUUAUAACAGAAACCACAUCUUUACAAGACACACAUGAAAAUAGUAGUAGUAAUAUCAAUUAUUCUAGCACAAUUUCUUCCAUUUCCUCUAUCCUAACAGAUCAAUUACCAACGAAUCUUGACCAAUUUCUUGCAAGACGCACGUCAUCAUCGGCUUCAUCGUUGUUCGGAGCAAGUAGUAUUACUAGUGUCGGGUCACAUUCUACAUUGGAUAUUAACGCCCAAGAAGUAGUAUUAAAAGAAAAAUCAAAAAAAGGUAUUUAUUUAUGCACAUCCGUUUUGAUUUCCAUGGAAACUCUUAAGCAAUGGAUUUUAAAGCGAUUUUUGGACUUAAUACGUAAAAAACAACCAGCAUGUGCAGACAUAGAAUUAUACACCCGUCAUUUAUUAAACGAUUCCUCAUUGGGAUUAUAUCAUAUGAGCGAACAUAUUCGUAAGAAAGUUCCACAAUUUGUGGAAGAAAAAAAAAAUUUGAUCGCGCUCUCAAACACGCUAGACCUUGCAACAGCAAACAUUACAGAUUCCCGUAAGAUAAUAGAGAAUAUCUCAAACCUUAAACAAUUUACCAAUAUUACAAAUUUACUAAAAAAUACUUUGGAAAUAAUCGAGAAAAAGUGA